AAUACACAAGAGUCUUAAUAAAUUUAAGUUGUAUGCUUUUUAUAAAGGUUGUGUACGUUAUUUAGGCUCUUCUACGUAGAGAGACUUAUAUGUCAACUGUUCAUCUUUCUUCACCCUAAAUAUAUUGAACUAAUUAUGUUUUCAUGUCUUUAAAAACAGACAUAUUGUAACUUAUCACUGUUUUUUAUCUAAAGUUCAGCCUUGUAAAAUCCCCGCUCUGAAACGUAAAUCACUGCUUAAUUAGCUCUUUAUUAAUGUCAGAUCGUCUGUUUAUACAUUUAUAAAUGCGUCAAAUUCAGUCUUUGCAUUUAUUAUUGAGAGAGAAUUCUUGUUUAAUGUGUGAAAGCAUGAAAUAUGAGCAGAAUGCGAGGGUGAAGUAGAAAUUCAGUGAAUUGUGCCGUUGUGUUGUCCUGCAGCAGCGAUGCCUGGAAGCCACUUCCAGUUGACCAACACAAAGCUGCGCCACAGCCUCUACAGCCUGACGGACAGCUCCGCCGCCGGCUCUGAGGACGAGGAGGCCGAGGCCCCGCCUCCACUCAGCCCGCUGCAGAAGCUCACCAGCGACAUGUGCAAGGACGAGAAGACCAUCAAGGACCUGAUCAUCGGCCGCAGGGUCGGCUUCUACAAGGUGCGCGGGGAGAUCGGCUGCGGGGCUUUCUCCAGGGUCAAACUGGGCUUCCACGCUCUCACCAAAGACAAAGUGGCCGUGAAGGUCCUGGACAAGACCCGGCUGGACGCUCAGGCCCAGCGUCUGCUCUCCAGAGAGAUCAGCAGCAUGGAGUCCCUGCAGCAUCCCAACCUGGUGCGACUGUUCGAGGUGGUGGAGACGCCCAGCCGCCUCCACCUGGUGCUGGAGUACGCGGGAGGAGGCGACCUCCACGACAGGAUCUGCACCAAGGGCAAGUUUUCUGACAACACCAGCAAGGUCACGUUCGCGCAGAUCCUCUCCGCCAUCAAAUACAUGCACAACAACAACAUCAUCCACCGCGACCUGAAGGCGGAGAACGUCCUCUUCACCAGCCGCGGCUGUGUGAAGGUGGCUGAUUUCGGCUUCAGUACGCAGGUUUCAAACCUCAACAACGGCCUGGACACCUUCUGCGGGUCUCCGCCGUACGCCGCGCCAGAACUCUUCAAGGACGAGAGUUACCUGGGGCCGCCGGUGGACGUGUGGGCCAUGGGCGUGUUGCUCUUCUUCAUGACCACCGGCACCAUGCCAUUCCGCGCCGAAACCCUGGGCAAGCUGCGGCGCUGCAUCAUCAACGCCGCCUACACCGUGCCUCCCUGGGUUCCCGGGCCCUGCCAGAGGCUCGUGAAGGGAAUCCUGAAGCCGGAUCCCACCGACCGCUACGCCAUCGACCAGAUGCUGGGCUGUGAUUGGCUCUUACCGGUGGAGUUUCCCUGGUCACUGGUGCCGCACGAACCUGUGAGUCCUUUUCAGAGUCUGCUGGGCUCAGAGAGCUGGGACCUGGAGGAGGAGGAGGAGGAGGAGAUCAGGAGCUCGCUGGAGGAGCUCGGCUUUACCGCGGAACAUCUGCGCCACAACCAGCUGAAAGACAUCCGCUGCCCCGUCACCGGCGUCUACAGGAUCAUGGUGCACCGGGCGCAGAAGAGCCGGGGCUACGACUGUCCGCCUGUGGUCCGAGGGAUGGUCAGGGACCCGAAGAGGGAGGGGCUCCGGGCCUACAGGGGCCUCAGACACACCUCCAAGCUCUGUGUGCUGUCAUGAACAACCAGCGGUCUAAGAAGAUGCAGAACACAGACGACUGGAUUUUAACUCAUCCAAGAUGAUUCUUCAAUUCUGGAUGAUCUUAGUCUGACUAACGUCGGACCGUUAAUCUCAUUUGAGAUGGAGUUUAAGUCGGAGGAGGCGGAGCCAACGACCGAUCAGAGCAGUGCUUUUAGAUUGCUUUUUUUUAUAUUUUACACUUGUGUACAAAUGUGACUGAAUAAAAGCCAACGACGUAAUAAGUCAUAAAAAAUGAACUUUGUGUUAUUUUAUCAUGCGCUUAAGUUCUUCAACUCAAGAACCUGGUGAGUUUGUCACGGAGCAAAAGCUCCUGAAGAAGUUCUUUUAUGUAUGAAAAUCCAGAAAAAUGCAGAUGUUAAUUCUUAUUUUUCAUAAAAAGUGAUUCAAAAGUUGUAUUUUGUAACCUGCUAAACGUUUUAUGUUAAUGUAUAAAAGCCCAGAAAACUGCAUAAAUACAAGCGUUAAUCCUUAUUUUCCUUCAUAAUUUUCAUGAAAAAUGAUUAAAAAUGUGUGUUUAAUGUUGUUUUGUGGAGCAGGUGCU